CAUUUGAGCAGCCUCAAGGGGAUUCUAAGUGAACGUCUCUGAACCGGAGACAACGACUAAGAAGAAAUGCAUGCAGUUCAAGUGCACUUUAACCGAAACCGAGUUCUAAGCCGGACCGUAAUCAAGAAAAUCGGUCGAAAAACUGAUUUUCACAACGGCAAGAGAAGAUGAAGUUAGAAACCAAUUUUAAAAGGGAUGAAUGCAGAAAUACACAUUGUACAUGGUGCUGCGACAACAGAGAGAGUUCUAAUGUCGUCUUUGUUUUCCAUCGGUGACGACGAGCUGGACCUUGAUGAUGAGGAUUGUUUGUUAGCAGUGUGUGAGGGAGGUAGCACUGUGGGCUCCAUCACACAUAAUUCUAAGAAAAAUGCGAAUGCAAAUUCGAACCAAAACCAGCCCAUAACAAAAGAACUCUUGAGGACAAGAGAAGUGGAGAAAUUCAACAAUUUCUACUCAAGGAGGCCAUUUGAAUCACUUAGUAACAGAGACAGUUUUGAUAGAGUUGUUGAGAAGAACAUACAUGUAACUUCCAGACAACAAUUACGCAGUGGUGCAUCUUUUGCAAACUCAAUAGACUGUUCGACAAAUAGCUCAGAUGUAUUGGGUAAUGGAUAUACUGAACCCUUAGCAAAGAGAUUUGCGGCAGAUCAUAUAUCAGCAUCUGAAUCUCCAUUUGAAAGUAGAACCAGCUCGUUACAUUCAGGUGAUGCACCAACAGCCCAGAGCAUGUGCAGUUCCACUACCUUCCUAAGGCAUGCAACAGUGGGAGAUUUUAGAAAUUUUGCACAGCAAAACUUUGGAUCUAAUUCAGCGUCACUUGAAUCUAAUAGCAGAAUGGAUCUAUCACACAAUGGCUCUUCCAAGUACAAUCUUUCCUCAAGCUUCUCUUCCAAGAAAGGAGUUUCUGAAUACAACCAUGGUUUUUUGAACAGUAAUAGACAAGUCUCUGCAAAUGCUAAGAAUUAUGCUACCGAUACUUCUGCUUUACAGCAGAGAUGGAUGCCAAGAAGCUCGCCUGUAAUGAAUAAUCAAUCAAAGGAUUUUCCCAAGCAAGUUAACAGAACAAGCUCACCAUUAUCCAGCCAGUCCGUAAGGAGCUCAUCCUUCAGACUCAACAAAGACAUGAUGGGGAGUAAAGCCCCCGAAACUCCUCUCAUGCGGAGUAAUUUAGAAGUUCCUGGUUUAAGUACACCACACACACACCAAACUAUUACACCAGAUGCAGGCAAGAUCUCUGCAAGAACUCCAUUUAGUGGCAAAACCCCAAAGGCAAGGAAAUUUCCAGGACCAGCUGGGCUUCUGCCAAAACUGAGUCCUGGUCAAAACCUGGACAAUUCAUCUGUUGCCUCACCACUUCCUUCCUUGAGAAAAAAAAAAUCUCCAAUUGAAAACAAAGUGCAAGCUUCUCAGCCAAAUUCUUUUGAAGACGAAGAUUUUAAUCAUGAUCCAUGGACUUUCAUGCACCAGGAAUUUGUUAAAAAUGUUCCAAUGGCAAUGAGAUACACUAUCAUCCAGGUUUAUAGCGAGGCAAUUCAACAAAGACUUCGUCAUGGUAAAGUGCCCUGCCUCUGUGCUCUGGUCAAAGCCUUUUCAUUGACAGAAGCAGAUGCUAGUGUUUUGCUCAGAGAUCCUACAGGUGAGAUUCAUGGCACUCUUCAUCGAAAAGUUCUUGAAAAUUACCAGACUGAACUGGCACCUGGUGCAGGCCUAAUACUCAAACAUGUGUCUGUUUUCAGUCCUGCCCCAAGGAAGCAUUACCUCAACAUCACCCCAGGCAAUAUUUUACAGAUCUAUCCACCCGACCCACAGUACAUCAUCAGUAACAGCCAGGCUCUGGCCUCUCAGUGCACACAGAAAGAGAACAAACAAGAUCAACAAAGGAUUUCUAUAGAAGACGAGGAUAUCAGUGAAAAAGCAGAAUGCGGUACUAGUGAACUAGUGAAUAACUCGGAAGAAAAGACGACCGAAACUACAGAACACGAGUGGAUUCAGCACGAUGGCUUUGAUGAUCUUUUGGAAGGCCUUGACGAUGACGAAGACUUCCUUGACGAGGCUUUGCUCUUGUAGAAGUAGCACCUGACCUUGUGCAGAGGUACAGCUGUAUCUUAUAGAAUAUGUUUUCUGUCUUUGUCACGAGCUGUAUCUUGUUUCCUUGUAAAAUGGAAGGUUGGAGAUUGUCGCAAAAAGCCGACAAGAUUACCAGUGUCGUAAGUUUUUAAAUGUAUAAGAAUAACAGCAAGUUAAGAAAUUGGAACCCGUUUAACCCUGACUCGGCAUGUUAAAUGGUGUUGGAGGAUAUGGUUUGGUUUGUAAGUGAAUGUGAUCGAUUGUGAGCCAGAAAUAUCUCUAAGAGCAUAAUGUAUACCAAUUUGGUGUAAAGAUCACGCGAACAUAGUUGGCCAGCGGUUCACUCUAGUCAAAUUGUCAAGAAACAGUCACGUGUUCUCCUUACGUCUUUACUCGACGUGCUCAAAGUUAUGCUUUCCCGUUCGGUUUUUUCUUCGAACAAUUCCGACAGCGUCAUCGCCAUUUAUUCGUGUACGAUUGUGAAACAUGUUCUGCACGUUAGAGGGAGAUUUCAGCGAGGAACGGAGAAUUGUAAACCGUGAAACUUCAGCUUACGGCCAGAGCAGUGUCGUACGAGACAAACAAGAAUGGUAUUUAAUACAGAUAUCCAGAAAGAUGCAUAAGAAACAAGAAAUUUAAAGUGGAAAGCACAUCUCGACCUGACAUUUGAAAAUGUUUAUGAUAUAAGGACUUAACUGGAAGUCGACCCUGUAUUCUUUGUAGUGCUGAAAUUUAACCUUUGUGAAUAAAGGAAGAUAAAGGAAA